AUGCAUCCAUUCAAAUUGUGUCUGCUAAUUUAAAACUGUUUUAAAUGACUUUACAGUUGACUCUGCAGUUAUUCUGCUGUGAGUAGUAAAUGAAUGUUCUGAUUUAUUUUCACAGACUGGGCUCACCUCACAAUGAGACAGUCAGGACAUAUUUAGUUAAAACUUUGGCUGAAGUCCAGAUGUGGAGACAGACGUUCUUCUAUCUGAUUGUAAAAAGCAUUUUGAAACUCUACGGAGGAACUACCGCUACAGUCAACCCAACAUGGCGGAUCAGGCGGAGGCCAUGAAGUCUUCUGCCCCGAGUCACCACAGAAGAAAGAGGCUGCUGGAUGCCAGGAAGACAGUCCUUGCUCCAGAUGAAGAGGACUUCUGGAAGGGCAUCACAACUGACAUGAUGUCAGAUGAAGAGGACGGCAGCGUUGACGGGGUGUGUGGAUGGAUAGUGUGGCUUCCAUCCUUCCACAGCCAGGAGCUAGCCAACCUGCCGCACUACAGACUGGAGGCUGAUGUGAGGAGUGGACAGCCGUCUGAUAGAGUGAAGCCACAUAAGUAUGACACAGCAGCAGCAAAGAGACAUUUUAAGCCAGAGCUGAUGCCUGAGACCAGCUCAGUGUGAGAGACCAACUUGCUCAUUUUUUAGUUUUUGAUUUAUUUUGAAAAAAAAUAUAUAUAUAUAUAUAUAUAUAUAUAUAUUAUUAUAAUAUCCUGAUUAGUGGUUCUGUGACUCCUCCUAGACCUCCUGAUUAGUGGUGCUAUGACUCCUUCUAGACCUCCUGAUUAGUGGUACUAUGACUCCUCCUAUACCUCCUGAUUAGUGGUGCUAUGACUCCUUCUAUACCUCCUGAUUAGUGGUACUAUGACUCCUUCUAGAUCUCCUGAUUAGUGGUGCUAUGACUCCUUCUGUACCUCCUGAUUAGUGGUCCUAUGACUCCUUCUAGACCUCUUGAUUAGUGGUACUAUGACUCCUUCUAGACCUCCUGAUUAGUGGUUGUCACGGGUUCAUUUAAAAAAAUUAUAAAAAUGAUGGCAAGGUCGAAGAGUUCCAAAAACAGUGAAUUUUUUUAUUUGCACCAAAUCCUUUAAAAGCGUAUAUAAAUAUUUACAGUGCAAAAAGACUGGUGGACACAGCAGGAAAAAAAAACAGAAGUAUUUACAGAGAGCUUGAAACCUUUCAGCGGGCAGCCACAUCGCCUAGAGCACCUCCAGCACCA